AUGUUUUUCCUCUUCUUCGAGCGUAUUCACUCACAAGAAGAGGUCUUUUUAGAGAAUCAAUACUUCAAGGAAACAUGGAUUAUUGAUGAUAACAAGCAUAUGAACAUAAAGAAUUUUGUUAACAAAAGAACAUCACCCCAAUUAACUGUUACACCUGAUCAAGGAAGUCAAGAUUUCGUUAUUUCAAUCAGAUAUGUUGAGGGCACAAUCUUGUCUUCAGAUUUAACAGUCAAAGACAAAGUUAAAGAAAAUUAUAAACUCACAGUUACUUAUGAACCAUUUACUUUCAAUGGAGCUACAUAUAACAUCAUUGAGAUCAAUGAGAUGGAAGCCCAGAAACAUUAUCUCCACAAGUACCUUAAGAUAAAGUGCAGUGAUGAGAAUGUUGCUCUUAACUACAUUGACACACAGCACAUUAUCAUCAACAAGGAUGUAGAUUAUCCAAAGUCAUGGGGCACACCAUGGCAUAUCCGUGAUCCAGAUGAUUUCUUCCUUAGUAUGGGUCAGCCAUUGUACAUCAACACAUUCUUCACUGGUUCCCAAUUCCCAUGCGCACACACAAAGAUUGAGAACACAACAUAUCUUGGCAGAGUUAGAUACUAUUCUGGCAAGAAAUUUGCUGAUCUCAAGAAGGACAGUGAGGGUUAUUACAAUACUUGGAAGACAGUCUUAGGUGCUGCUCGUGAGGACAGAUUCGAAGUUGUUCGUGCUGAUUUGUUCUCAUAUAUCUUCGAUAUCUCAAGAAACACUCCAUUCCGUAAGCAAUUCAACUCAUGGUAUGAUUGGAUGCUUGCUAUCACAGAAGAUAACAUCAUGGAGUCAUUCAAGGAAAUCGAGAAGGGCAACACUCAGAAUGGUAUUGGACCACUCGAUUCUUAUGUUAUCGAUGAUGGCUGGAAUAACUACAACACUGAAAAGUACCAAGUCUAUGAUCCAUCUGUCUCCGGAACAACAUACAAUACAGAAGGCUUCUGGACAUUCAACAAUAAGUUCCCACAUAAAUUCUCACCACCAUCAGAUUAUUCCAGAAAGAUUGGCUCUAACUUUGGUGUCUGGCUUGGUCCACGUGGUGGCUACGUUACAGCAGGACAAUUUGGCAAAAUGAUCGAAGAUGCAGGAAAGGGCUUCUAUAAUAAACGUACCGAUGACAUUGAUGUUGCUUCUCACAAGUACAUCAAGAACCUUAAGGAUUUGCUUAUCGGAUUCAUCAGAGAUUACAAGGUCAACUAUUACAAGUUGGAUGGCUUCACAGAUUAUGAAUGCACAAACACAUCUCACGAUCACAUGACCGGUGGUGAUGAUAGCAUGUACUUCUUCACAGACCUUUGGGAGAAUUACAUUGAUGCUUACAAAGAAAUGAUCAAAGCUGCCGAAGAUGAAGGCCUUACAAACUUCUGGAUCUCAACAACAACAUAUGCCAGCAGCUCUCCAUGGCAUCUCCAGUGGUCUAGCUCUCUUUGGAUGCAGAUUUCUGGUGAUUCUGAUUACUGGAUUGUUGGAAACAACACAAACUAUGCUGACCAAGCUCUUACAUACAGAGAUUCCAUGUACUACCAGUAUUUCAAUGACUACAAAUUCCAGUUCCCAACAAGGAACAUGUACAACCACGAUCCAGUCUUUGGACAGGCAGGAACACAUCUCAAGGGCAACUUGAAUGAUGAAGACUUCAGAGUCUUCCUUUCUGGCUGCAUGAUGAGAGGCACAGCAUUCAACGAGUUGUACUACACAUACUCAAUGCUCGAUGAAGGCGACAAGUGGUUAGUUUCCGGUGAUAUCCUUUCAUGGGCUGAAAAGAACCACCACGUUCUCCAGCACUCACAGUACUUCGGUGGCAAGCCAUAUGAUGGCGAAUGCUACGGCUACUCUGCUUGGGAUGGCGCUGAUGGCUUCGUUUCCCUCCGUAACCCAGGUGGUAGUGUUACCAAAUACACAAUCACAUUAGACAGAGCCAUGGGUGUCCCAGAAUCAGUCAAGGAUGCUGUCAGAUCAACAAGAUUAGCUCACAAGACAACAGCUACUGAGGAAAUCAAGAACGGCGUUAAGUUCAACUAUGGAGAAACAUUAACAGUCACAUUGAACCCAGGUGAAAUGAGAAUUUACGAAUUCCACCAGGCCGCCGAUUCUGAAGCACCAAAGAUUGAAGUUGUCAGAUCUCUUAACGAGACAACAGUCAACCUCAGAUUCAACAAGUACAUUGAUGUCUCCAAUGCUCAGUUCUCCAUCGAUAACCUCAACAUCAAGUCAUACAAGGUCAGAGGUGAUCUCAAGACAAUCACAUUCACAACAGAUGCAAUGAAGAACUACACAGAAUACACAAUUCACGUCAAGAAUGUUUGCAACUCCUUCGGUGUUGCAUUGAACACUGAUGUCAAGUUCACAUACUUCGCUCAGAACAUCAUGGGAACACUUUCUGGUUCAUUCAAAGGAAACAACCAGAACGUCAAUAACAAGCAAGUCGAUCUUGACUCCUUCACAGUUAGAAUCCACGUCAAUGACUUCAAGAACGUUGCUAAUGCUAAGCUCUUCCACUCUGCUGAUAACACAAUCAAGGCUGAAAUUGUCAACAACUAUGUCCAAUUCACAGUUGGAUCAACGACAGUUGUUUCAUCUGACAAGAUCUCACCAAGUAUCCAGGAUAUCUACUUCGUUAGAGAAAGAAACGCAAUGAUCAAGAUCUACAUGAACUCCGAUAUCUCUGCUUCUGCUUGGGAUAAGACAAUGCCUUCUUGUGUUACAAUUUGCAACAUUAUCAUCGAUGCAAGUGAAAUUGUUUACAAGUUUAUCAACAUUUACAACUACGGUUUGGCUUACAGCGAACUUUCUGUUGCAAUUUCAAUUGGCAACGACAAGAUCGAGAGACAAUUCGAAAUCAAUAAUGGAAAGCUCCACACAUCAAAGAUCGUCAACUCUAUCACAGGCAUGUCAUUCGUACCAGCUGAAGGAUCAAACAAUUUCGUUAUCACAACACCAGGCUACGUAUUGGGCAAAGUUUUACCAAUCGACAGAUCCGAUUGGAAGAUCAAGGCCAACAGUGAAGAGUCAAUCACUCCAAGAGAUGAAGGUGCCGCUGUCAACUUAAUUGAUGGCGAUAUCACAACAAUCUGGCACAGCAAGUAUGAUGAUAAGGGCUUCCAUGGCCAUGAUGACAGAAAGAACAAUACUGAUCCAUAUGUUAUCACAAUCGAUAUGGGCAAGGUCCAAAAGGUCGGCGCUUUAUCAUACACACCAAGACAAAGUGGCUGGAAUGGUGCUAUCAAGAAGUACGAAUUGUACACAGCUAACACAGAAGAAGAGCUUAACGAUAAGAUUGCUGCUCGCCAGAAUCCAGAUGCUUCAGGCGAAUUCAAGUACUACGCUCACUACCCAUGCUACGCCAAUCUCACAAAGGUUAUUGAAUGCAGAUGGGUUGCCUUCCUUUCUAUUCUUGUUAAGCCAGAUUAUGGUUCUGGUGCUGAAUUCAAUUUGUAUCCAACAGCUGUUCCAUUACCACUCCUUGAGAUCAAUGCUAACGACUUCAAGUAUGCUAGCCAUGAGAUUAUUACAGAAAACAACCACCAGAAGCUCAUUUUCCACUACAAGCCAUAUAACUUCAAUGGCGCUUUACUCAAUGUCACAGUCAUCUACGACCUUGAGAAUGACAAGCCAUACAUGGAGAAGGAAGUUCUCAUUUCUCUCCCACAAGGCUCAGAUUUCACCUUCGAUCACAUUGACUUAGAGUCAUUUGUCUUGACAGAUGAACAAGUUCAGCAGUCAUGGACACAUCCAAACAAGGAGAAAGAUACCCGUUCAUGGCUUCCACAGUACCUCAUCACAUUAGGUCAACCAGUUUACAUCUGUGAUUUAUACACAGGCUGCAGAUUCCCACUCACAGACAACCGUAUCGAAGAAAACAUUGCUUACUUCAGAUACAACACUGGUAAGAAGUUCGCCCAACUUGAAAAGGAUGAAAACGGCACUUACCACUGCUGGAAGACAGUUAUCGGUGCUGCAAGAUCCAACUCGUUACAAGUCAUCCGUAACGAUUUCUUCUCAUAUAUUGAGGAUAUCUCCGUCAAGACAACAUUCCGCAAGCAGUACAACUCAUGGUACGACUGGAUGAUGUCUAUCAACGAAUCCAACAUCCUCGAUUCAUUCAAGGAAAUCGAAAAGGGUAUGACACAACUCGGUGUUCCACCAUUAAACUCCUAUGUUGUUGAUGAUGGCUGGAAUAACUACAACUCCAAGAAGUAUGAUGUAUAUGAUGAAGAUGCAUCAGGUACAACAUACAACGAAGAUGGCUUCUGGACAUUCAACUCCAAAUUCACACAAGGCUUCAAACUCCCAUCUGACUUCGCCCACAGAAUUGCUUCUGGAUUCGGUAUGUGGUUAGGUCCACGUGGUGGCUACAGUUAUCCAGAUACUAUUGCCAAAAUGAUCCAGGACGCAGGCAAGGGCUAUUACAACGAAAAUGCUGGUGAUAUUGAUGUCGGUUCUGGCGUUUAUGUUGAGAACUUGAAGAAGUUCUUAGUCAACAUGACAAACUUAUACAAGAUCAACUACUUCAAAUUAGAUGGCUUCGCCUUCACAGACAACAAGAACCCACAACAUGAUCACGUCACAGGAGGACCAAACGGUGCUUUCUACUACACAGACAUGUGGGAGAAGUAUGAGAAGUUGUUCGAUGCUUUGAGAGAGAGUGCCAAGGUCAAUGAAAUCAUUGACAUGUGGAUCUCAAUCACAUGCUAUGUCAACUCAUCUCCAUUCCACUUACAGUGGGCUAACUCCGUCUACAUCCAAGUCUCCAAUGACCAUGACUUCAUUAAUAUUGGUGGCAACGACAACAUGGCUGAUCAGAUGCUUACAUUCAGAGAUGCUUGCUACUACAACUUCUCUGACUACUUCGCAUUCCAGUUCCCAACAAAGGCCAUCUACAACCACGAUCCUAUCUACGGAAAGACAGGAACAGGCCUUGAGAACACAAUGGAUGAUGAAUACUUCAGACUCUUCUUACUCAUGUGCGGCAUGAGAGGCAAUGCUUUCUACGAAAUGUACUACUCAUACACAAUGCUCGACGAAGGAGAGAAGUGGUAUGUUAACGCUGAAGCACUUAAGUACAUCGAAGGAAGAUACAACAUCCUCCAGCACGCACAGAGAUUCGGUGGUGAUCCAAGAUUAGGCUAUGUUUAUGGCUAUUCCUCAUGGAAUGAUGUCGAAGGCACAAUCGCCAUCAGAAAUCCAAAUGGAACAGUUCAGUCAUACAAGCUUAAGUUAGACAGAGAAAUCGGUGUUCCAGAAAACAUCAAGUCUGUAUUCACAAAGACAAUCUUAGCUCACAGGACUACCGAAGCAAUGGUAGAGAACAAAGAAUACAAGUACGGCGACGAAAUUGAGUUCACAUUACAGCCAGGUGAAGCAAGAAUCAUUGAUUUGAAUGCUGCUAAGGACGACAAGGCUCCAGAAGUCGAAAUCGUCAAAUACAUUUCCCAGAACAAGACAAUGAUCAGAUUCAAUGAGAAGAUUAUCUUCAACAAGGAUAACUUCAAGCUCAAGAGCAGAGACAUUGUCAAUGUUUCAAUCAAGGCUGACUUCAGAACAGUCAUCAUUGAAGUUGAACCACCAUUCGGAAACAACACUGACUAUGAGUUCAUUUUCGAUGGAGUUUCUGAUAUCGCUGGAAACAAGCUCAAUGGACAAUACACUCAGAUGUACCGUGCUUGCAACAAGUUAGUCAACAUCUCCAAUGCUGUCGAAGGAGAUGAUAACAAGAUCAUGAACGACGAGUUCACAUUAGAUUCAUUCUCCAUCAAGCUUAACAUCAACACUCUUGGUAACUACAAUGGCUUGUUACUCGAAGACAAGGACAACAAGAUCAUUGUCGAAACAGAAUCAAACAAGUUCAUCAAGUUUGUUGUUGGAAACUUAUCAGUUGUUUCAUCCCACGAAAUCACUGAUAACACUAAUGUUACAUUAGUUCGUGAGCGCAACACAAUGUUGAAGAUUUACGUCAACGGAACAAUCUCCAACUCUUCAUUCAGAUCUGGUGAGAAGGAUGUCGUCAAGAUGAAGAAGAUCAAACUCGCUAAGAACAGUGUUAAGUACAACUCAAUCGUUGUUGUCAACACAGCUCUUAACUAUAAGGAAACAAACAUCGACCUUCCAAAUGAUUAUGAAAAGCAGAACGAUGAGGACAACAACAGAAGAAUGAAGAUCAUCAUCGGCGCAGCUGUUGGUGGUGGCGUUCUUAUUCUUUUAAUCAUUAUCAUUGGUGUCGUUAUUGGAGUCAACAAAUCAAGAAAGGCUAAGCUCGACUCAAUGCCACUUAUUACACAGAAUUAA